UCCCAGAGAGCAGAGCACUGCAGUCAGUCAGUCAGUCAGUGUGGUGGGAGGAUGAGGAGGGAGGACUAAGAGACACGAUGGCACCACAACACAUCUCUGGUAGAACCUGAACCCAAUGUGGGUGCUGGACUUUCUAAUGCUACACAGAGACUCACAAACUUCGAGGCUUCAAGGAUGUUCUUCUCAGAUGGGACUCUCUCAGCCGUCAGUUGUGCGCUCCUGUUGGGAAUAACGUGUCUGAGCGUCCUCUGCGAUCUCACCAAGGGCUCCUCGGACUUCUCAGGUUACCUGUCCAAAGUGUUGAGGAACUACACCGAGCAGGCCUGUGACGGAGACUUCCUGUCUGUUCGCUGCCCGCCCCGCACCACCAUCACCGUCCAAUCAGCUUUCUACGGAAAGAGAGGUGCCUCUGACCCCCAACGGUGCCCUCAGACCUACCAGGCCCUCCUCAGUUCUUAUAACACUCGGGAGGAUGACCGGUAUUGUUCUGUGUCCACCGCACUACAGAAAAUGCUGGACGAGUGCCAGGACAGAAGGAGCUGUCAAGUCCUUGUCAACAGCCGCGUGUUUGGGACAGACCAGUGUCCUGGCAGCAGUAAAUACCUCAUUGUCUGGUACAAAUGCAGACCUAACGAGUAUAAGAGUAAGGUGGUCUGCGAGGAGGAGAGGAUGAGGCUGAGCUGCAAACGGGGGAUGCAGAUCGCCGUUUACUCCGCCAUGUUUGGCCGAACUCAACAGGGCACCCUGGAGUGUCCCCUGCACCACAGGAGGGCCCCGUCAGUAGACUGCCAGUCGUCCGUGGCUCUGCAGGUUCUGACCGCCCGCUGUCAGGGGAAGAAAAGCUGCACGGUUCGAGCCUCCACCAGAGACUUUGGAGACCCGUGUUACUCCGGCACCAGGAAGUACCUCAGUGUCAUCUACACCUGUGUCCCAAAGAAGUUGCUCCAGGAGCAUGGACCGGUGUACUCCCCUCCACCCAGCAGCGCCCAUGACCCCAACAUAGUGGGAGACAGCCCUCCGGAGGGGAGCUCAGUCAAAAGCCCCGACGCUGUUCCAGAGAGGAAGAAGAUCAGGGAGACGAACCCCAACGAGGAGAAGUUUUCAGAAGCCGGAAUAGGAGGAGGAGGAGGUGGUGGAGGAGGUGGAGGAGAAGAAAGUCCACCGCGGCCCCCAGACAUGAAUCCCAUCAUCAACUCCACCUCUAGCGCCAACAUGGCCCUCAUCAGCAACGCACUGGCAGCCUACAAUUACAUAUCAGACCACCCAGAGCGGGCGGCGCUCUUCUUCGUCUGCGGCGUGUGUCUGGGCCUCUUCCUCACCCUCUUCGCCCUGGUGAUCCAGAUCUCCUGUCGCACCGACUGCCAGCCCCGCCAGCGGCCUCCAACCAAGAAGCGAGCGCGCCCCGCUGACUCGUCGUCCGAGUCCAGCGACUCGGACUCGGACUGGGACACCACCUCGGACCUGUCGGCGCGCCGGCACCGGCGGUUCGAGCGCACGCUCAACAUGAACGUGUUCACGUCGGCGGAGGAGCUGGAGAGGGCGCAGAGGCUCGAGGAGAGGGAGAGGAUCAUCCGGGAGAUCUGGAUGAACGGGCAGCCUGACAUCCCUGGGACGCGGAGCCUCAAUCGGUAUUACUGAGGACUUGCUGAGGGGCUUUUUAUAGAAAGCUUGACUUGAAAAUUUAGUACGCACUUGGGUUGGAAGAGGCAAGAGACCCUCAUGGAGCUUUAUAAGCAAACUGUGGACUGAUGAGAACAGUACAGACUUGGGAAGAAAGUCCUCCCUCUCUGCUGGUUUGCUUAUUCCUCUGGGCAUCAUAAGCUGCACCCCAUUCAGUCAGAGAAUAAGCUCCCACUCUGCUUGGUAAGCUCACCUCUUUCUGCCGGAAGCGAGGGGUGAAAGGCUACGCCGCCUUGCCCGUGACCUCAGCAGGCCUUUUUGAAGUGGGGAUUUAUGGGUUAGCCGCCUUAGACACACACAGGCCUGCAGAGACUGAAGGACCAAGGCCUUCGGAUGGCUGUUUCAUUCAGAACGUGACACUUGGAGCUUCAUGCUCGGCACCCUCCAGUAUUCAAGUGUGAACGCUACAGAGGGGCAGCGUAAAGCAGAAAGAAGUGCACUAUGGGACGUUAACGUAAGACAAUCUUUUCCACAGAGGAUAACCAUGCUGCCUUUAUAAAAAAAAAAAACCAAAAUAUAUUUUUGGGGGAUUCAUCUCAACCCUUAUGAAAUCUAUUUUAUAAUAUUUAAUAGUUUAUUGAUGUUGUGUGUAUUUUUUGUUCUCAAGUAUGGUUUAUUAUGAGAUAUUUUUAUACUUGGCAAAGGUUGUCUGGCACCUCAGGGAUGCAAUCCUAGUGUUUCUGUGUUCGGUUGAUGUAUUUGCUUCCUAAAGAAGGGGAUCAGCCCGUUUAAACCGCUAAAUGUCAGCAUUUAAAGAAAAAGAAUUAGAGAGAUAUCAUAUAUAUAAAGAACCUCAAAGAGGUUUAGUGAUUUAACCUUAUUUUUGAUACAGUAUGUUUUAAUUCACAGUGCAGUGCCUUUUCUAGCUAUUAAGUCACUGUUGUCAAGCGUGCAGCUGGUGUAUAACCCAAUAACUGGUCGUGAUUUAUUAAAUUGGAUAUCCCAGAUUUAUUUUAUCAUAUACGUAUUCCCCUUUAUUGUUUGGUGAGGUGGAGCAUGUGUCAUUCUCCCCAGAUGUAGAUGGACGAAACCAGAAUAUGGCAAUUUUUACCAGUGAAUUUGCUAGAAAUUAUUCUUCAGGUCUUGUGUCGACCGUGCCCCCUUACUUCAAAGAAACCAGUGCUAAACCAGAUGUUCGCUGCUCGUGGCCAUCUGGAGAAGGAACCAGCACUGGAAAAAAAAAAAAAGGUUCACACAUGGACCUGCAGUGCAACCUGCGCCUCUUAAAUCAUGUCGCCAGUUUCAUAAAAUAAGCUAUAUUGUCAAUCCAGCUCUGUUUGCGCUGCCCUGGAUUCAAGCGUAGAAAUGAUUAUAGUUUUCAUACUAAAAAAAAAGCUUGGUAUUUUCCUGACUGAGAGUUUAAUUGAGAGUACACAGGACAUAUUAGGGUCAUCCACGUAAAGACGGCCACUCUAUAUCUAGUUUUUAUAAAGACUGUUUCAAUUUAAGUGGGGUUUAAAAUGUGCCGAUAGCUGGUAAAGUGAGACCAAAAUAUGACUCCUGUGCUUGGAAUAAACUGUGUUCAAAAUAA